AUGGAAAGGGCUUUUGAAGCUCUUGGACUAACCUCGAGAAAUGGAGAGCCAAGAUUGCAACAAUUUGGUAAAAAACAUUUAGUUGAUAUAUAUAUCUUCCCAUUUAUACCAUAAUGGUAGAGUACUAAGUAGAGAGUUUUUUUAUUGCUGCAUGUACCUUUGAGGUGGUGACAAACAUGAAAACUUAUGUUUGAUAAAAAAUAAGCAGGCCUGAAAAUGGGAAAUAUUUUGACUUGUGGUUGCAAUCCUUAAGAAACCGUUCAUAUGUACUCUAAAUUUCUUGGUGCUGCUCUAAAGCUGUGGCCAAACAAGUGCAAGACACUGACGCAACAUUGCCAAUUUAGACAUUUGACUGCCUUGUUGCAUGAUGUUUAAUAUUGUUUGGUUUCCUUAAAACAGCAUCAUGUUUCCUUUGUAGGAAUCAACACUUAAAAAGUAUGCCUCAUUUGAGGCCUUCAAUUUAAUUAAUUCUUGCUUCUUCGUCAUAGUGAAAUGACUAAUUUUACAAUGCAGUGAUCUAAGAACAUAUUCAUUUGAUUUCAGCUACUAAUUCUAUGAUGAGAUCAGACUCUGCACUAGGAAUGUCAGGUUAGCUCUUUAAUUUGCAGUUGCAAAUUUGUUUCUCUUAUUUGUGGAGUAUUGUUUUUAUGUUGAUUGCAUCUGUAUCCAACUUCCAGCUCCACCACGAGUCUUUUAACCCUUUAAGUCCCAAUAUCCACAUACAAAUUCUCCAAACUGAUCUCCAUACAUUUCCUUGAAGAAUUAGUUGAGAGAAUUUGGUAAAAGAUCAAAUUUUUUCUCUUUGUGUUCAUUUUAUUAAUUCUCAUAGACUUUGCUCAUGACAAUCUAUGGAUAUCGUUAGGAGCCAUGCUAUGAUUACUGUUAAAUAGCUUUGUUUUCCUCUAUCCUUUUGAGCAGAUAACAGAUCAUUUGGUGAAACACCCUCAACUGCUACAAGGUAAAUAAGAAACAUUUUAUUUCAAGAUUCAUUGGUAGUUAAUAGAUGUACUGUAGACAUCUACCCAUGGCAACAGCUGUAAUUAGAGUAGGAUGGAGAUGUUUUCUGUCUUCACUGAAAUGGGAAGAGCUGAUGUUAUUUUCUUUUUUCCAGCUCAACUGGUGGUGGUAAUCGUGGUCCAAAAGAAUGGCAUCAGCAUGUUACACCAGAUCUCAGGAAUCAUCUCGUUCAUAAACUGUAAGUGUAUUGUUUUUAUGGAAAAAACCCCCGACGUAUCUGCCAGUGAUGUGCCAAUUCUUAAUUAUAAUCAAUCACCGUUUUCUCAGACUACAGCCCCCGACUUUUUGUAACAGCCCGCUGGUAUUAUCAUUUUAAUUCUGGACGAGAUGAAGCCAAAAGCCGUAACUCUCGGCAAGCCUAUUCUUUAAUAUGCUCUCACUAUGUGUACUGUUGCAGCAACUGCUAAUUAUCAGAAAGUAUAAUACCAAAAUUGUUUUUGUUGUUGUAGUGUGACAGCAAUCUUCCCAACUCCAGUGCAUGAUCCAGCUGCCCUGAGAGAUCGGCGCGUGGGGAAUCUUGUUUCAUAUGCACGUAAGAUAGAAGGGGAUAUGUAUGAGACAGCAAAUAGUAGGGUAAGUUGA